AUGGAGAACAAUCUCAGUGCGGCACGACAAGCCAAGCGACUCCUCGACGAUCGCGUCCGCCACGACUGGGAGUAUCCCAAUGUCCCGCCCGCAUGGUCAGCCUCGGAUGAAGAAGUGCGCGAUGCCAGUGAAUUUCGCGAACGCUACUACGGCGAGUCUGACUCGGGCGACUCGGUUGCCGACGACCAAGGAGCCACCAGUCCUUACAAGUUUGAUAGCCCUGACAGCAUUGGAGAUGCGCUGACGCGCACGCGAGAGGCGCGCACGAUGCGACGCAGAGAGCGACUAGAGAGGGAAAUGGCCGAAAAUGAGGGCUUACGCAUCUGGGUCAAGCGGAGGGAUGUGUGGACAGGCGCGGCGAGUGUGAAAAAGUACGGAACCAAACGGCAGAGGCAUGCAAACAGGCCCGCGACACCCGAAACCCAUGACCUCGUUCCUGUCGCGCCCCGUUUCCUCGCUACAAACCCAAUCCGCGCCUCGAUAACUUCUAAAGCCUACUCUGAUAUCUUCCAGAAGAUUGUCGUCUCCGCACGCACACCCUCCGUCCCCAUCAACCUCGCCGACAUGACCAAGGCCUUGGUACAAGGCUGGAAGGAUACUGAUGAAUGGCCGCCUAGGGCAGGAGUCCUAGAUCCUCUUGCCGGUAAGAAGCGCGGAAUUACCGGAGCCGCUGUGAUAGCGCAUCACGGAGGCUUUAUGGAAAGACAUCCACACCUGGAGAAGAGCGUGGACAGCGUAAAGCGCAUCUUGCAUCUUAACGCGCAUCACCACGAUCAGGAGCACGCAGAAGUCGAGAAGGAGGGCUGA